AUGCCGUACAGACAAAAUAAUGGAUUCAGGGCUCACGGACAGCACGAAGGAAACUUCCACAAAGAUUUCUCAGGCAUGUCUGAGCAGAUCCCUGUAGGUGAGGUUCCUCCCUUACCGAAGUCGAUUUUUCAGGACGGCCAAGAGACUGCUGCAAGUCCCCAGUCUUUAUAUUUCAACAUACUGAAGCAGAGACAGACCCAUGCUUCGCCGUCACAACAAAAUGCUCGCUCAUCUCCAUCUUCUGAGGGUCGGAGCAUUUCGAAUCCUGGUCAUGAGUCAAUGAACGAACCCUCAACACCAUCGAGUCAAAGGUCUGCUUCUGGAGGUAGCGUUCCUUUGCCAAAGGCUCUAAGACCUACCGCUACUAGGAGCCAUUCAUCCAGAUCCGUUCCUUCUCCUUCUCAUGCUCGCCCACAGACACCUACAAGCUAUUAUCCAUCCUAUGAAAGGAUAACUCCUCAUUCUCAGGCCGACUCUUCUACUAGGGUCGAGGUACAAACUCCCACUCUGGAGAGGGUCCAUGUUCAGACACCUCCUCAAUCACAGCCUAAAACCCACAGAAUGCAUUCAGAAGCACAAAAAUCGCAGCUGCAGCCUCAGCAGUUGCAACAGCCGCAUCAUCAUAGAUCACAGCACGAGUUGUCCCCUCAGAAUUCACAACCACAGCAUCCAUAUAGGCAACAGUUGUCGCCUCGCGGUCCUUUACCAGCGACUCACCCAAUGGUUUCUCGAAUGACAAUAAUGAAUCCUGAUCAAGACAUCGACAAGCAGCGUGCGCAAAUUCCGCUUCUUCGCAAUCCAAAUUCUGAAGCCGCUCUCGUUGUACCUAUAAAUUCAUUGUCGACUAAGCAGCUGCGCUCAAAUGCACUUCACAUCCAGACCCAGACCCAGAAGAAGCCCAAUAUGCAGUACUCUCAGGCCAAUUCUUCUUCGGGUCAGAAGGCUCAAUUGUAUCCUACGGAGGAUACUGUCAACGUUGGUGUGGCGAUGGCAGACGGAUUGCCUCAGCAAGACCAUCGCCAUCACCACCAUCAGCGUCAACAUUUUGGAAGUUUCAAUGGCAGUUCCACUAUGCCGAAUUCACAAGGGAUUCAAGUGGGGCAGAGCAGGAAGAGCCCUAUUUUAAGGCAGUCUUUGAGCUUUCUUCGGGGAAAUAGGAGCGCAUCCUCUUCUUCACUUGCUUCCGACUAUGCAGCUAAUGCUGAUAUGGAAAAGUAUCACUUAGUUAAUGGUAAGACGAUGACUACUAACGGACGUGUAUUACCUCAGAGGUUAGAGAUGCGAGGAAGUAUCAAAGAUCGUGCCUCAAAGUCGAGAUCCUUUAGUUCGCUGACCCGUCGUAUACCAUCCGGUGCUUUCCUUAGAAACUCCGGUGAUAAAGAAAGAAUCUAUUCUACUGGGUCUCUUGGCUCUAGGAUUUCGUCGCUGCCUGAACCUCAACUAAAAUCGAGCGUUUAUCCUGCCGUACUUUCGCAGGUUGCCAAAGCAUUUAGAGACAGCAUGCAACUUGGUGCUCGGUACAAAAACGGCUUAGAAUAUCGUGAUGCUUUCACUGGUGUCGAGGCAGUUGACGUUAUUGCACGGAUCAUUCGAACUUCCGACCGAAAUCUGGCAUUGUUGCUAGGAAGAUCUUUGGAUGCUCAGAAAUUCUUUCAUGAUGUCACGUACGAACACAGACUAAGAGAUUCGUCAAAUGAGGUUUACCAGUUUUCCGAGGAUGUUUUCAGCCCUUAUACCGAUUCACAACAGACUUUCAACCGCCAGAAUUCAGUUGCUAGCAGUUCCGAUUACACAGAUACAGAGAAUACGAUGCCACCUUCCAUGGCCACACCCACUACUGCUCAGCAGUCUUCGGCCACUGUCAGCACUGGAAUCAAUGGUGUCUUUACCCUAUUGACAGAGUGCUAUUCUCCUACGUGCUCUAGGGAUAACCUUUGCUAUAGCAUUGCAUGCCCUAGAAGAUUGGAGCAGCAAGCAAGGCUUGGCUCGAAAACUGGAAGCUUGGCAAGAUCAGAUUCUAGAUUGUCGUUUACCCAAGAGGAGCAAAAACCUUACUGGCAACUUACAGUUCCAAAGACUGUUUUGGAUUCAUUGGAUAAGAGGGAAAUCAAGAGGCAAGAAUGCAUUUUUGAGACAAUCUACUCAGAGCGCGAUUUUGUUAAGGAUUUAGAAUACAUGAGGGAAUUCUGGAUAAGGCCGCUAUCUGAGACAAAAAUAAUUAAACCUAUUGAGAGGGAGCAUUUCGUGAAUACGGUAUUCUUUGGUAUUAAUGAUAUUUGGGAGGUUAGCUCGAAAUUUGCCGAAGCUAUGACUAAGAGGCAACAGGAACAACACGUAGUGAAAGAAGUUGGCGACUUGUUUUUAGAGUUCAUCCCCAGAUUUGAAUCUUUCAUCAAAUAUGGCGCAGGCCAGGUUAUGGGCAGAUACGAAUUUGAUAGACAGAAGAGGCACAACCCUUUUUUUGUGAGAUUCAUUGAGGACACUUCGAACCGCGCAGAAUCAAGAAGAUUGGACCUUUCUUCUUAUUUGUCCAAGCCGACCACGAGACCCGCUAGAUAUCCUUUGUUGUUAAAGAGCAUUAGAAACCAUACUGAUCCCAAAUCAAAGGACUAUGAGAAUUUGGGCAAAGCUAUUGAAAUGCUCCAGAAGAUGCUCACUAGGAUUAACUUUGAGACUGGAAAGGCAUCUGACAGAUUGAACUUAUUUCUCUUGAAGCAGAAGCUUGUGUUCAGACCAGGUGAGCUGGUUGACCUUAAGCUUACUGGCGAAAAUAGAAAGCUUUUGUACCAGUGUAUCCUCAAGAAGAGAAACUAUCAGGAUAAAGAUAGGCAGGGAGAGGUGCAGGUGUAUAUUUUUGACCAUGCUUUGCUAAUGGUUAAAGUGAAAGUGAUCAAUAAACGGGAAGUUUACAGAGUCUAUCAGAGGCCGAUCCCUAUUCCCCUAUUAUUCUUGUCAUUAUCAGAAGAAUCUCCUACAUUGAAGGUUGUUAAGAAUACUGCAUCAACCGGAACAUCUGCCGGCUCUACGACAUCUUUACUAGGACAAGAUCAACUACCUCCUGGUAAUUUCCAGUUGGCUUCCACCACGUCCAAAAGUCCUAUGUCAUUCACCUACAUCGGAAGAAAUGGCUAUAAGUUGACAUUGUAUGCUACUCCUGCUGUGCAGCGGAUGCUGGCCGAGAGAAUCGAAUCCCAAUCUAAGAAGUUGAUUGAGGAUAAUGACGUGUUCACUUUGACACCAUUAAGUUCGGAUUUCUUUGAUGCAAGCAACAAGAUCAACUGUGUUGUUCCAUUCGAUGGAGGAAGAAAGCUUUUAUAUGGUACAGAUGCUGGUAUAUAUAUGGGAGAUGUGAAAAUUGAUGAGGACAACCACAGAACGGUCUCGAAGCCGGUCAAGAUUAUUGGUAAAAUCAACAUAAUUCAGGCAGACAUCUUGGGUGAAUACCAAAUGUUACUAGCCUUGAGUGAUAAAAAGAUGUUUUACUGGCCGUUGGAUGUUUUGAAGUCUGAAGAUUCAUUGAAGAAUGCCAAACUUGGAAAGGAGUUGAUGAAUCAUGUUUCAUUUUUCAAAGUUGGGGUUUGUUCAGGUAGGAUGCUUGUAUGUGCGGCAAAGUCAUCAUCAAAUAUGAUAAGGGUAUUUGAACCUAUUGAUCCAAUUAAUCAGAAGAAGCAGAGAAAGAAGUUUGUAUCAGAGACUAAGGAUGUGACUUUCGGAUCGGAGCCAGUUUCGGUCAGUUUCUUGAAGACUAAGCUGUGUGUCGGUUGCUCAAAAGGUUUUGAAAUUGUUUCGUUGGACAGCAAUGUGAUGGAACAGUUGUUGGAUCCUGCCGAUACAUCCCUUGACUUUGCAAUUGGAAGGGAAGGCUUGAAACCACUUGAGAUUGAUCGAAUCAACUCAGAUUUCCUUCUCUCAUAUUCGUCAUUUUCUUUCUUCAUUAACCACAAUGGCUGGAGGUCAAGAUCUAAAUGGAUCAUUCACUGGGAGGGUGUUCCCCAUGCUUUCGCACUUUGGUACCCAUACUUGCUUGCCUUUGACAGCAAUAUGAUCGAAAUACGGCAUGUCGAGACUGGAGAAUUACUAAGAGUAAUUGUGGCAGAGAAUAUUCGAUUCCUACAUUCUUCCUCUCAGGAGAUCUUAUACGCUUAUGAGGAUGAGAGGGGCUACGAUGUGGUGGCCUCGUUAGACUUCUGGGACAAGAGUAUGAAGAAUAUCAAGUCAGGUUCGAAGCAAGGACCAAUACCCCUGCCGUCGCAGCAGCAGCAACUGCAUCUGGAACUGCAAGAUUCUGUGAAGAGAUUGUAG